AUGAAUAAUAUAAGCUUCCUUAAGCAUGGAUUAAUUAUCGAUGCACAAGGAAUACGCUUUUCAGACUCUAUAUCUUAUGAUUUUAAGCCAGAACAUAGAAAUGACUUUAUUGAAAAUCCUUACUUUCAUGCAAAAUUAGUAAAUGCUACAAAAAAAAAUGAAUCUUUUUUAUUGAAAAAUCGUAUUGAGCUCUCUAAUAAUGAUUUAAAAUAUAUUAACCGGAUAUUUGAUAACAAUGAUAUCAUAAAUAUUGCAACUGCCCUUCUAGUUGAUGAAACUUCAACAAACGAUGUUUUUCUAAUAAUACAAUUCUCUAAAAUCGAAUUAGUUAUUGAAAAAGAUUCAAUAAGCCCGUCUGCUGAAUUAAUUUAUGAAGUAAAAAAAGCCCUGAGUCAUUAUGAUCCUUAUUACGAAUUAUUGAAGGUUUUUAAUAAAUACGGCUUUUUUUUGCCAAAGAAGAUAAUUCUUGGGCAGAAACUAUACCGAAUGUCUGAUUUAACAGUAGAUAAAAAUUUAGCCGGAUUUAAUCACAAAAACGUAGAAGCAAAAUGGAUGACUUCCGAUGAUUUUUCAAUGAGUAAAUUUGCAGAUAUCUUGAAUGAAUGGAGAAAAUACACGAAUUCUUAUGAUUUAGAUUUAUCUUAUCUCAAAGAGAAAUGGAUCAGAUCUUGUUUAGAGUGUGAAAUUGACUCAUUAGAGGUUAUUAGCUGCAAGGAAUUAGAUCCUUUGUAUGAAAUUUUUGACUUGCCGCUACGUCAAGAAGUUGAAUCUGUUCUCGCGAUUAAUAGGCAAAUUGAAUAUACUCUUGGAAUUAAUGACCGAAUUGAAUGUAACCAUAGAAAUAAUAUUAAACAAAAGGUGCUUAUGGCUGGAACAAUACAGAUUGAUGUUAAUGAUCCACCCUAUUUAUAUGGUGUAGAAUUUCCUGUUCAUUUCAAAUCUAAUAAUUAUCAAGUUUUCGGAAAAUUAAUUACGCGAAAUGGUAAUGCAAUUAAUGACGUUAUUGUUAAAUUCGAAUAUAUGAAAACGCACGGAUUCCUAAUUCAUGUUGAUAAUUCUAAACUUCCAUGCAAGGACCCGAAAAUUGCUUGGAUAUUAAUAGGAAUACCUGCUGAUGUUGGAUAUUUUAGCACGAACACUAGAAAAAUAAACAUAUUGGGUUCAGGCGAUGAACCAUUUGAAUUAAAGGAAAAAGAAAAUAUUUAUUUGAAUGUUCUAGAAAAUCUUCCACAAGAUUCAAUUAUUGUAUCUUCGUUUAAAUAUCCGUUUUCAAAUUAUGAACCAAAUUUCACAGCAGAAGUACAAAAUUAUGAAGGCUGCAAAAUUUUAAUCAAUAUACUUUGUCAUAAUUAUGAACCUUCUGUUAAUAAAAAAAAUGAUGAAAUUUCUUCUAACCAUCACAAGAGAUUUAAAACGAAUACAUCAGAAUAUUCUAUUCAAUGGUUUAUUCUCCAAGAUUCUGGUAUAGUUUAUUCGUCUAUAAUAACAUUUUAUUUAAAGCAAAUAGGCCAAAAAGUUUACUCAGAAACUAAAUCAACUACUGAAUUCAUUGAAUCGUCUAUACCUCAAAUUUCUGAACAUCUAAUCAAUGUUCAACCAAAAACAAAUACUGGUAGAUCUAAUAUCACAAUCAUUUCUGGUGACAAGACUGGUGUUGAAAGAGCAGCAUUAGAUGCUGCACUGGAUAACGACCUUAAUAUUGAUGGUUGGUGCUUAAAAAAUAGAAGUGCAGAAGAUGGCAUUUUAUCACGAAAAUAUACACUUAAGGAGUUAAACAGUAAUUCAUUUUUUGAGAGAGAUGAACAAAAUGCAAAGUUAGCAGACGGUAUAUUGCUUAUAAUUACACCGGGCACAAAUUUUAUUCAUGAAACAAUUCUUAGUAUUCAUCAAAAGAAACGCAUAAUUAUUUAUCUUGAAGAUAGUUAUGAAAAAAAUGAAAAUCAAAUUAGUCGAAUUAUUGAAUGGAUUAGAAAUAAUUAUAUUAAUAAACCGUUUAUUAGUGGUCCAAUUACUACAGAAUAG